AUGCCCAGCGACAGAAAAAGCAUCAUCGUCACCGGCGGUGCCUCCGGUAUAGGCCUAGGCAUCACCCGCCUGUUCGCCGAACAAGGCGCCCACGUCUCCGUGCUGGACGUGAACCCGCAAGGCAACGACAUCGUCAAGGCCCUCGCGGCGGAAUACCCGGACGCGGGCUUCUCGUUUCAUAAGGCCGACAUCUCCAACUGGGACGAGUUGGCAUCUGUCUUUCAACAGGUCCACGCGCAGCAGGGCCGCAUUGACGUAGUCAUGGCCAAUGCCGGCAUUUCCAAGGAACCGAGACUCAUCGUGGACGAGGACACGCCGUCCAAGCCGGCACUGCAUACCUUGGACGUUAACCUUACGGGGACGAUAUAUACCGUUAAGCUGGCCAUCCAUUACAUCCGGAAGAACGCCGCCGUGAACGGUGCGACCCCAGCGUCGAGGGGCUCCAUCGUCUGCACGGCGUCCAACGCCGGGCUCUACCCCUUUGCCGUGGCGCCCUUGUACGCCGCCUCCAAAUUCGGGGUUGUCGGGCUGGUGCGGUCGCUGGCGCGGCAACUCGAGAGGGAGGCUAUUCAGAUUAAUGCUUUGGCGCCUGCUGUGCUUGAAACAAAUAUCGCCCCCAGCAAGGAUCUGUUCAAGCCCAUGAUCGUCACGCCCAUGUCGACUCUGACGCGCGGGGUGCAGCAGCUGGUGUCGAAUCCGGCGUUGACGGGCCAGAUUGCGGAAAUCCACGGGCAGAGUGUCACGUUGAGGGAGCCGCCAAGUUAUGCCGACGAGGACACGGGGAAGAAUAUCGAGACGUUUUGGUCGUUGGGGUAUGCUUGA